GUAAAAACUAAACGUUUGGAAGCGGGUAUAUUAAUAAAAAUCAAAAUGAUUAAAUAGUGAGAAAGGCUGAAAACGAAGGGCCGGUAUGAGACAUUUUGUGGUCUAUAUAUAUAGAAGAAGGGAGGAGAGAGAGAAAUAUAUAUAUAGAGAGAAUGGGUUAUGCAUCAUCUUCCUCGGUUGUGUUAUGUUUGUUACUCUUCUUCACAUUUGCUUUCGUCUCUUCUUCUGCUCGCCUCAGUCUUUCAUUUCCAGAAAAUGAAAUGAGGGUGGUGAGAGAACGGUCAUUGAUGGUGAGCACCAACGACUACGGUGAACCUUCAGCUAACGGCAGACACGAUCCACCUCGCGGCGGCCGAGGACGCAAACGUUGAGAGGGUGAUAAUCUUUUUUGUCUUCUUAAUUUUACUUGCAAGCUUACAAAUAAUGUAUGUAUACUGAGAGAGCAAUAAAAAUAACUCAAAAAUAAAACCUUUAUUUGUAUUUUCUGUUUCUACAUCGAUUUCAGCUUUAUUUAAUCUUACUAGAUUUCAGCUUUUUGUAUACUUCACUUUGUGUGUGUUCAUGCAGUUUAUUUGAUUUCACAUAUUGA